UGUUUUGUUUGUUUUUAUAGAACACAGAGGACUACACAGACAAUUUUGGAAAAUACAGGUAGAGUAGGUGAACAUGUGGAGGGUUCAAGAAUCCUCUUGAGCACACUAUAACUCUGCAUGUGUAUUAUUUUCUUGAAUAAGUAAAUGGGAGGUAACUGGUCUUGACUCUGUAGUUUAUAAUAAUGUCCAUACAAAGUUAAUCAAUGGGCUCAAGAAUGUUAUCACAGAGUAGAUUUCACUGGUAAAGUAACACAAGUUAAGUUAAACACCACCAAGCUGUCUUGAAAAUCACAGAGUAAUCAUGUCACACAAAGCAGCCUGAGAGUAAACUAGGUCGCUCCUCACCUACACAGCACCAAGCCGUCUUGGAAAACACACUCUGCUCUGCUCAGCUCAGGUGGAGCGGCAGAGGUUCCAGCCGCAGAGCAUAUAUAUUACAGGCAUCCAUGGCCGGGCACACUUGCUACUUGGUAAGGCUGUAGCACCACAUACCACCACCAGGGCGAGGACCCAUGAGGAGGCCGGCGGUGGUUGCGGUGGCACUGCUCCUCCUCAUCGCAUGGCAGCCGUCGCCGGGGAGGACGGCGGCCGCGCUGGACGAGCAGGACGACGAUCCUCCCGCGCGCAGCCUGCCGCCGCCCCCGGACGAGCAGGACGACGAUCCGCCCACACGAAGCAUGCCGCCGCCGUCGGACGAGCAGGAGGACAAUCCGCCUGUGCAAAGCAUGCCGCCGCCGCCGCCGUCGGACGAGCAGGACAAUCCACCUGUGCGAAGCAUGCCGCCGCCGCCGUCGGAUGAGCAGGACAAUCCAUCCUGGCCUGGGCUUCCAUUGUUGCCGCCGCCGCCCCCGCCGGAGGAGUCCGAUGCGCCAGGAGUACCCUCGCUGCCGGGCUCCAUGCCGCUGCCGCCGCCACCACCGGCGGAACCAGCAGCGCCACCGACUCGCCCACGGCGUGCGCGGCUGCCGCCGAGGCAGGAUGAUCCGCCGGAACCUGAGCCGCCGGAGCUGCCUCGCCAUAGGCGGACGCCGAAGGAUCCGACGCCGCCACGGACGGUGGUGCCACCGCAGGAACCGGGGUGGGCCGCGGUGCCGCUGCCGAUGCCACCAAUGCCGGCUCCUGGGAGGCCGAUCAACUACAGCACCACCGGCUGGACGACCAUGCUGGUGUUCGGGGACUCGACGGUGGACCCCGGGAACAACAACCGGCUGCAGACGAUGAUGAGGGCCAACUUCCUGCCGUACGGCGCGGGGUUCCUUGGCGGCAGGCCCACCGGCCGGUUCAGCAACGGCAGGCUCAUCACUGACAUACUCGGUACAGACGCACUCUUCUUUCCUUGCAUCUAUUUCGCUGGUAAAUUAUGCGUGCACAAGGUACAACUGGGCUUCUCUUCCAAUCAAAUGGUGGUGGAGCUCAUGUGCGGCUACAGGAUUUGA